AUUUCUAUGACAACCAUGAAUAUUAUAGGGGAGUACUAUUAUCCCCAUGUGAUGUUGUUAUGGAAAUGCCUCKACAACCAAAUUAUAUACUKUAACCAUARUAACUUGAMUGUGUUUUUAAAGGARUGGUUCAAAAGUCCCAAUGAGAAYAAUAGUUUUGUGGAGGAGUGGCUGUCAACRCCAAUGACUGAAGCAAAAAUAACCACUGCAGCACCAAUCAUUGCCACGACGAUAACGCUGGAAGCAAUACAGAGUUUGCUGUAUUCAAGUGGAUACACAAUCACAGAUGGGAAAUUAGAUGCAACUUUUGGUCCGUUUGAAGAUACACAGUUUGAUGCUGUGGUAGAUGUUGAAACAAGCUCACAGGAAAAACAAGAAAUCGAAACGCAACAGAAAGAUGAUGAUGCUUUCGGGGACUUAUCAGAGGAUUCGUUACCUGAAUGUUCAGACCUGUCAGAAUUCUCAGAAGAUGCAGAUCUUACCCUUCUAACAGACAUGGUGAUGUCAGACAGUGAUMUCGAACUAAGCUGUGAUUCAGGAAUUGAAGCAGAAAUGGAUGACUUGCAUGAAACUGAGCAAACGGAUGUGAUAAAAAAGUCUGAGAGAAAUGGAAGAAAGAGAACGGGAACUUGUACUGGGACAAGUGACGAAAGCAGUAAAAAGAGCAAAAAGAGUCAUAGGAAAUCAAAGCAGGAUGAUGAUGCUGAUGAAGAUAGUUCCAAGCCAAACUGCCAGUACCUUUGGGAAUUUCUGCAUUACCUACUGGUCAGUAAACGUUAUGAGAAAUGUAUUGCCUGGAAGAAUCCACACAAGGGAGUCUUCAGAAUGGUAGACCAUCACAUGGUGGCAGAGCUAUGGGGCAAACACAAAAAACGUAAGAACAUGACGUACGAUAAACUAAGCCGUGCAUUACGUUACUAUUACGCAAAGAACAUCCUCGCGAAAGUCAACGGACAACGAUUGACAUACAAGUUCUGUCGAGACCCAAGUGGCAAAAAGUACCCAUCAUAGAUUGAUAAUAGCAUMUAAUGUAAAUAUGACUGGUCGAAAAUUAAGGUGGCUGGACAACAAAUUGGACGUGAAUUUAGGAGAGGAUGACAAGAGACUUAAGGGGGCUGGACAACAAAUUGUACGUAAAUUUAGGAGAGACUGAAAAAAGAGUUGAGGGGGCAACAAAUUGGACGUAAUUUUUGUAUAGAUUUACUAGAAAGAUUAAGGGGGUUGUACAACAAAUUGGACGUGAAUUUAGGAAAGGCAUAAGAUAGUUUAAGGGGGCUGUAUACGACAAAUUAGACGUAAACUCAAGGUAGACCGAAGAAAGAGUGCUUAACUUAGGAGCAGUGUAAGUUUAGACUGGUAAGGAAGUUGUAUAUAACUUCUAACAGAAAGGGAGUAUGGUCAAGCUUAGUAUAAUUCCAAGGAACUGACAGUAAUACAUUGGGUGAGGGUUUGAAGGGAAUAUAUGAGAGAGGUAUGUACCAUCUUACCCCCCUGAUCUGCGCCGAUUAUUCUUUUAAUGUGGCAUAGAUAACGGGGGGAGUCGGUCAAACUCCAAAUUUGCCUUCUCAUAGUUAAUGUAUAUUAUAAAUUUCUUACACAUAGAGAAAGAAGGAUUAGCAGAUUUAGUUCUUUACCUUGUAUAAGGAUAGGACGCGUAGGUCUUUACCCAGGGGGGGAGGGAAGGAAAGGAUAUUUUGUGAAUAUUAGAAUUAAACCGGCGUUGAAACGUAAAUACGUUAGCAAACCGUAACGAUUCCGUGAUAAUUUAGCGGGAGAAUUUUACUGGAAAUUAACGCAACUAUGUUGCCUAACGUAUUUUAACAUUUAAGAAAUGCGUUACGUAUAUUGCAUACGUGAGGACAUACGUGAUUGGUGCGUAAAAAAAGUGCUGGUUACUAGCUGUUUUCAUUGCUUAAUUUUACUGAAACGUGCGCAUUUGUGUACCGAUACGUAUAAGUCGUCGUUUUCGUUAAGCGAUCCCGAAUAGAAACGAAAUUAACUGACCCAUACGAUACUAACGCGUUAUACGUAACGUCACUACGUAGUACGUUGAUCUUACGUAUGUGAUAUAAUGGUGCGCGGGUUUGAGUUGAGACUCAAUGUAAAUAUGUAAUCUGAGUAAAACGUUGAAAUAACGAGUAAWUUUGAUUGUAAAUAGUAAGUAAUAAAGUGUAUAUUUACCAUAGAUUCAUAGAAAAAUCAAGUGAAAAGUCAAUAAAUCAAAAUCAUUGGA